AUGCCAAACCCGUUCCAGUCGUUUUCGUCCCUGGGCCCGAAACAGCACAAGCAGACGUUCGACGAGCUCUACGGCGAGCCGGAGAACUUCCUGGAGCUCGAGGUCGUCAACCCGGUCACGCACGGCAACAAGUCGACCAACAUGUACACCGACUACGAGAUCCGAGUUCGACGCGUUCCGCAAGAUCCUCCAGCAGGAGACCACCCGCGUGGUCAUCCCGAAGCUGCCGGACAAGUCGCUGCUCAACUACAACAACCGCUUCAACGACGAUUUCAUAGAGGAGCGCAGACAGGGCCUCGAGCGGUUCCUGAACAUCGUGGCGGGCCACCCGCUGCUGCAGACGGGCAGCCCGACGCUCAUCAGGUUCAUCCAGGACGAGAAGUGGAGAUAGCUGCGGUGGCCGGGCGGGGUGCGCACUGA